ACAGACGUGAUGGUGUUUAUCAGAUGGGCUCCAGUUACCGAUUGUGCACGGGUGUUUCAUGCUGCAGGGGCCCGACUGAUCCUGUACGGACAGGACCAGAAGAAACUGCAGGAGGUGGUUGAGGAACUGAGAGCUAAACCUAAUAGAAAGAUUGAGACUUAUAAUCGUUGCACUGUCACCUUUGUCCUCUCCAACACAGCGUUGGUUGCCAGCGCAGCCGAGGAGAUUUUGAAGUGCCAUGGUCAUGUGAAUGUCUUCAUCAACAAUGCAGGCAUUAGUUACCGUGGCAACAUCCUGGACACCCACGUCUCUUUUCAGUGAGAUGUCAUGGAGACCAACUAAUUUGGUCCUGUUACUCUUACUCAAGCCAUUCUGCCCUCUAUGGUAGAUAGACACAGUGGACAUAUUGUGGUCAUCAGCAGUGUGCAAGGAAAGAUCGCCAUACCACACAGAUCUGCAUGUGAGUAUUCAAGUAUGUCCAGGUCACAUUUUACUCCAAAACCAAAAGAAAAAGAGAAGUCAUAUUUUGCAUUAAGAAAAUGUAGUAUACUAUUAGAACCCUUAGAAUUUUCUGCAUUGUGACAUUAUUUUUAGGAAAAUUAAGCAUA